GUUGAAUAAGACAGCAUGGGUGCCCAGUUCUCCAAGACCGCUGCAAAGGGCGAAGCCGCCGCCGAGAAACCUGGGGAAGCAGUGGCUGCAUCUCCAUCCAAGGCGAAUGGACAGGAGAACGGCCACUUGAAGGUGAACGGCGACGCCUCCCCCGCGGCGGCGGAGGCGGGCAAGGAGGAGGUGCAGGCGAACGGCACCGCGCCCGCCGAGGAGACGGGCAAGGAGGAGGCGGCCUCGUCGGAGCCCGCCUCCGAGAAGGAGGCGGGAGAGGCGGAGAGCACCGAGCCGGCCUCCCCGGCGGAGGGGGAGUCCUCCCCCAAGACUGAGGAGGGCGCGACCCCCUCGUCCAGCAGCGAGACCCCGAAAAAAAAAAAGAAGCGCUUUUCCUUCAAGAAGUCCUUUAAGCUCAGCGGCUUCUCCUUCAAGAAGAACAAGAAGGAGGCCGGCGAGGGGGCCGAGGGCGAGGGCGGCGCCGCCGCCGCCGCGGCGGAGGGCGGGAAGGAGGAGGCGGCGGCGGCCCCCGAGGCGGCGGGCAGCGAGGAGGGCAAGGCGGCCGCCGAGGAGGCGUGCGCGGCCGGCAGCGCCGAGGCGGCGAAGGAGGAGGCGGGGGACUCGCAGGAGGCCAAAUCGGACGAGGCCGCCCCCGAUAAGGCGGCGGGAGAAGAGGCCCCGGCAUCGGCGGCGGCCGAGGAGCAGCAGCCGCCUCAGCAGGCAGCGGAGGGGAAGGCGGAGGAGGCGGCGGGAGCCGGCGGCGCCACGAGCGAGGCGGGCAGCGGCGAGCAGGAGGCGGCCCCCGCGGAGGAGCCGGCGCGGCAGGAGCCCCCCGCCGAGAGCAGUCCCGAGGGACCCGCCGCCGAGUCGGCGGAGUAGUAAGCGCCACCGCCGCCCCUCGCCGACGGACUUUUCUUCCCCCCUGUUUGUUUUUGGAGUGGUGCCAGGUACUGGUCUCGGAGAACUUGUCUACAACCAGGGAUUGAUUUAAAAGAUGUCUCGUUUCUUUUUUUUCUCUCCCCCCGCAGCUCCCAUCUCAAAUCGUUAGGUGUUGCCGCCAUUCCAACGGGCGGAGGGGGGCUCCCCUCCACCUUCCUCUCCCAUCCUCUACAUUUUGGUUUUUGGGUUUUUUUUUUGUUUGUUUGUUUUGUUUUGUUUUUUCAUCAGUAUUAAUGUUUGGUUUUGGUUGGUCCGGUUUUGGUGUUUUUUUGUUGUUUUUUUUUUUGUUUCCCCUUUAUUCGUUUAUUUUUUUUUAAUUUCAUACUUUGCAACUCUCUUCAUAUUAUAAAACUUUUGCCGAUCGGUCUAUGGACAUGCCCAUAUAUGAAGGAGAUGGGUGGGUCAAUAAGGGAUAUCAAAUGAAGUGACAGGGGCCGCAGUGGGGAACCCGGGGCGCGCAGCCCUUGCCGGGAGCGUGCCCCGCCAGAAAUGAUGUAAGGGGUUAGUCUUUUUUUUAAAAGAAAGUUAUUACGAUGUAUUUUGUGAGGCAGAUGUUCUAUAAGGUUUACAACACUACAAGUCUUGAUUAAGAAGGAAAGGAAAAAGGAAAAAAAAAUAAAAAUAAAAAUCAAUACCCAGAUAAAGAGAUCAUAGUCUUAGGAAUUCAUUUAAACCAUAGGAACUUUUCACUUAUCUCAUGUUAGCUGUAUCAGUCAGUGAUUAAGUAGAAAUACAAGUUGUAUAGGCUUUAUUGUUUAUUGCUGGUUUAUGACCUUAAUAAAGUGUAAUUAUGUAUUACCAGCAGGGUGUUUUUAACUGUGACUAUUGUAUAAAAGAAAACAAAUCUUGAUAUCCAGAAGCACAUGAAGUUUGCAACUCUUUCCACCCUGCCCAUUUUUGUAAAACUGCAGUCAUCUUGGACCUUUUAAACACAAAUUUUAAACUCAACCAAGCUGUGAUAAGUGGAAUGGUUACUGUUUAUACUGUGGUAUGUUUUUGAUUACAGCAGACAAUGCUUUCUUUUCCAGUUGUCUUUGAAAAUAAAACUCUUCAGAUGCAAUGGGGUUUUUUUGGAUUUUUUUUUUUUUUUUUUUUGUGUAGCAUCUUGUCUAUCAUGUUUUUGUAAAUACUGGAGAAGCUUUGACCAAUUUGACUUAGAGAUGGAAUGUAACUUUGCUUACAAAAAUUGCUAUUAAACUCCUGCUUAAGGUGUUCUAAUUUUCUGUGAGCACACUAAAAGCGAA